AUGCCUUUCGGUCUCAAAAUUCAAUUUCGGGGCAUCCUUAGUUUAUAUGAUACUCUGUUAAAUAAAGAGGAUAUAUUGAGUCAAGUAGAACAAGAGUUGGAAUUGCUACGGACAGAGGUGGUGGCAUCGCGAGCUGAAUGUCAAAAUGGCCAAGAAUUGUCAACCAGGCUAAAGGAGGAUUUACAAAAAGUGCAGAAGGAAAAUGAUAUGCUGUCUCAGCGGAGGAUAAAGCUGACAACGGCUCAGGAAGGUGCAGAAAAAAAGAUUACAGAGCUGAAACAGAGGCAGCAGGAGCUGCAAGACUUUAUCCAGCAACUUUCUUUAGACUUGCAGAAGGCUCAAUCUGUUGGCUGUUGCACUGAGAAGAGAUUAACUGAAGUCCAGGAAAAGUAUGAAGCAUUAAAUUUGCAUCAUGAACAGUUUAAGCACAAGGUGGGAGUUCAAAUUGAAGAAAAGGACGCAUUAAUAGUGCGACUUCAAGAAAGAGUCAACUUGUUGGAAAAGACUCUUGAAGGAAGUUUCUCUGGCGAUAAAAGACUGCAGGAGCUGCUGAAGGAGAAAGAUACUCUGGAGAUUAAAUUAGAUGAGACCAGGCAACAGCUGCUGGAGGCAAAGACUCUACAUUCAGACAGUGUUUCUCAGAUGGAAUCCCAGGUAAACAGAAAUCGGGGCCUAAGCGGCAGCCGGGACCUGUCUCGCCUGCGGCCUCCAGUACGCAGCAGCUACGUGGGGGGACGCCGAAAUCGGUCACCCUUGACCACCCGGCCUCUCCCGCGGACCUCUCGGGGACUAUUACCGAACGCCGGCCGACACUCUCCCCGGUGGGCGGAGCCACCUCCCCGGCUGGCGAUCCAUCACGGGCUCAUCUACUACCUGGUGUGCCGGAACCGCCCACGACAUCGGGGCCUACGCAGCGACCGGGACCAGACUCACCUACUGCCUUCGGGCACCCCUAUCAACCCGGCCUCUCCAGCGGAUCUCCUGGGGACUGUCCCCGAAAGCUGUCCGACACUCUCCCUGGGGGGCGGAGCAACGACCCCGGCCUGCAGUCCAUCACAGGCCCUGCGGCGCGUGUGCGGGAAAUCCAGCCAAUUUAAAAACAGGCAGCAAUGCCUGUUAACAUGCAAGGUUGCAAACUUUAAUGCUCGAACUGAAGAGAAUACUCAGGAAAUCUCACUAAGGGAUAAAGAACUGAUUAGAAAGAAUGAAGAAGCUGCUAUCUUAACGCAAGAUUAUGAUGCCCUUGUAUUACAAAUGCAGCAGUUGCAUUGUGACCUGGAGAAAUACAAAACCAGAGCAGUCGAGAGUGAGGAGUCUUCAGCAAGACGUGCCUUUUCUGUAAUGGAUCACCUACAAGAGCAGAAGGUGGUUCUUCUGGCUACUGAGUCACAGGUCUCCUCAGUGCAAGAAGCAGUUGCUGCUCGGCACGAACCUCUGAAUGGCACUGCCACCCUAAAAUCCAAUGGUGACAUUCCACAGUUACAGAGGGAGAACCAGGAGCUGGAGCUACAGAUUGUGGAAAAGAAUAAGACUAUAAAACAACUUCAGCAGAGGAUGGUUGAGCUGAAGAAGACUUUACAGAAAGAGCUGAAACUAAAACCAGAACCAGAGGUAAAUGAUGUGCGAGAGAAGCCAAAUCCUGAUUCACUGGCAACCUCCCUCACUGUGACUAGCUCAUCUGAUCUUACUGACUCACGAGAGAUGAACUUUGAGUACCUGAAACAUGUUGUGUUGAAGUUUAUGUCUGCUCGGGAAGCAGAGGCUUUUCAUUUGAUAAAAGCUGUAUCUGUAUUGCUCAACUUCUCUGUGGAGGAAGAAAAUCUUCUUAAAGAGACACUAGAAUAUAAGAUGUCUUGGUUUGGUUCUAAGCCAGUUCCAAAGGGUACACUUCGUCCAUCUAUCUCUAAGUCGAGGACAACCUGGUCCUGAGCUCAGGGGGAUGCUGGAACUGCCUCCUCUUUGACUACAUUUUU